AUGCCCUUGGAAGGGGACCAGUCCCCUUCCACUCCUCUCACCACGUCCCCUGCCUCUCCUCCCGUUGCCUCCUCCGAUUCUCCUCUCACUGCAUCGUCUGCCACAGCUGGAAGGGUGGGAGAGUGUGGUGGUCGAGAGGGGAUGGCAGGAGAUGGCAGGUGGAGUGGCGGAGGAGAGGAUGGGGAUGGCAAGAGGCGGGUGGAUGGAGAGAGCAGUGAGGGAAAGGGCGGCGCGGGCAGCAAAGGGAAAUGCGGGGAUGGCAGCGGAUGGAGGGAUGGAGAGAGAGUGUGUGCAGGAGGCAGGCAAGCAGUGCAAGGGAGUGGAGGAGGGCAGGUGGGCGUUGCAUCAGGCGAUGGAGAAACGGGGCUACAGGAAGGAGGGCUGGGUGGCAGAGGUGGGGAAGAGAGAGGAGGGGUGGGUGGCGGUGAGGGGGAGUCGGAGGCGGUGUGGGAGGAGGUGCCUGCAGUGACUCUUGAUGACCUGGCAGCUGCUGACAUCGUGCUGACGUCAUAUGACACGCUGCGUGGCGACAUCUGGCACGAUGUGGGUGGGCAGGGACACGUGGCGACACGGCAGCUGAGAUAUGAGAAGAGGUGCGUGGAAGGUGUGUUUUGCUGGGAACGGGGUGGCUGGAAGCUCAAGAGGACAAGGGGUGAGCGAACACCUCUUUCCACGCCUUCCCACACCUCCCUACCCGUCUUGCCCCCGCCCACCUCUCUGCCCACCAUACCCCCCGCCAGGUACCAAAUCCGCCCCACACCACUAACGCGUCUGCAGUGGUGGAGGGUGUGUCUGGUCGAGGCGCAGCUGGUGGAGGGGGGGGCGUCCAACGCGGCCCUCAUGGCGGCCCGCCUGCCAGCGCGCCUCCGCUGGUGCGUCUCCGGCACGCCGCUGCACCGCGGCCUCCCUGACCUCCUCGGCCUGCUCCGGUUCCUCCGAGCCUCGCCGUUUGACGAGCCUCACUGGUGGCGGCAUUUUUUCCAGCUGCCUAUCCAGUUCAACUGUGAUGCCAAGUUCAACUGUGAUGCCAAGUUCAACUGUGAUGCCAAGUUCAACUGUGAUGCCAAGCUCAACUGUGAUGCCAAGUUCAACUGUGCCUCGUGCUCUGCCCCACUGGUUCGUUCGCCCUUGCCCUCUCUCGUCUCGACUCCUCCCUCUUUAACUCCCCCCCUCAUAUCUCUCCAACGCCUCCCCCCCUCCACCGCCUCCCCCUCUUUGGCAAUGCCACGUCAGAAUGGAUGCUUGGCAGCAUGGCACGCGCUCCUGGCCCUCAUGUCGAGGCUGAUGUGGCGCCAUCACAAGGCCGACGUGGCGGACGAGCUGGCGCUGCCACCUCAGCGGCAGCUGCUGACGGUGCUGCGGUUCAGCGCCAUCGAGGCGCACUUCUACCGCCAGCAGCACGCCAAGUGCGCCCAGCGCGCCACCAGCAUGCUGCGCUCCGUGGCACGCGGGGGCCGGAGGGGAGGAGGGAGGAGAAGCGGAGGAGGAGUUGGAGACGGAGUGGGAUUAGAUGGAAGAGGUGAUGGGGAUGGGGAUGCAGAGGCGGAGGGGGAGCAGCAAUGGCAGGGAGGGGGCAGAGAGUGGCAGCAGCAGCAGGAGCAGCUGGUGCUGGGGGCACGGUCAUUAGCGGGUGCAUGGCGGGGCGACAUGGAGCGGUUCCUGGCGUCGCUGCUGCUGCUGCGCCACGCCUGCUGCCACCCUCAGAUCGGCUCGGGUGAGAUGCGUGGUGCAGGUGAGAUGCGUGGUGCAGGUGAGAUGCGUGGUGCAGGUGAGAUGCGUGGUGCAGGUGAGAUGCGUGGUGCAGGUGAGAUGCGUGGUGCAGGUGAGAUGCGUGGUGCAGGUGAGAUGCGUGGUGCAGGUGAGAUGCGUGGUGCAGGUGAGGUGAUGAUGCAGGUGCUGUUGGAGAAGGCGCGGGUGGAGGCGGAGGAAGCCCAGCGCCUCCUCAUCUCCGCCCUCAACGGCCUCGCUGCCCUCGCCGCCAUCCACGCCCCCGCCCUCCCCCUCCACUCGUCCUCGCCGCCCGCCUCUUCCUCUUCCUCUCACUCCCGCCUCCGCACCGAGAACAGCAGCGAGCAGUGGCGGGCAGGGGUGGUGCAGGCGGUGGGGAUUUACCGCAAUGUGCUGCGCCUCAUGGACGGGGAUGGCCCGGGGGAUGGGGAAGCAGCGAGGGGACGGGUUGGAGAUGGCGAUGGGGAGGAAGGAAGAGGCAGUGGGUUGUGUGUGGCGCGGCCCACCACGCAUGGCAGUGUGCUGCGCACGGACCCCCUGCAGCGCCUGCACGUGCUGCACAACCUGCAUGAGCUGCUCGCCCUGCUGCACACCACCAGGGAUGGAGAAGGGACGCGAGAGGGUGAGAAGGGGUGCAAUGCGGUGGAGCCAGGUGGCGAUGGAGCAGGGGUGGGUGUGGCGAGGACACUGAGGGAUGGGCGGCUGGAGGCGGAGAGCGGUGAGGUGAAGGAACGGUACCUGGCGCCUGUGAGGGGCCGCGCUGCUGCUGCUCAGAAAGCAUUUGAGGACACACACUCUCAGGUCAGGUGUGCCUCCCUCAGGUUCCGCACGCUGCACGGGGUGCGGCUGGUGCUGGCAGGAGAGGUGGACUCGCUGCUGGCGGGCAGGCGGGAGGUGCUGCAGCGCGUGCUGCAGGCGGGGGGCCAGGUGGCGGCGCAGGGCGUGCAGGGCAGCCUCGUCGCACAGGCAGGCUCGUGUGCUCGCUGCUGUGCCGGGCAGGAGGGUGAGGAGGGGGCGGACGCAAGGGGGGCUGGGGGGUUGCUGGCUGGUGGAUUGGGUGGCGAGGCAGGAGCCGGAACGGGUGGGGGGGAUGAGUGCUGCAUGCACUGCAAGACACAGGAGUUCUUCGAGAGCUACCAGCGACGUCUCUUCCACCUGCGCCUCUCCUCCGCCCCCACUUCCCUCCCCGCCUCGUCCCCCUCCGACCAUCCUGAACCUCCCCAUCCCUCCUCCUUGCCCCACGACCCCCUACACGUCCUCCAAUCCACUCUCGGUGUGCGCCGCACCCCGCUUGCUGCUGCAGCAGCAACAGGGGGGCAGGGUGGGAGGGGGAGGGGCAGCAGGGGCGAGGGAGGGGACGGGUCAGGCGGGGUAGAGGGGAAGGGGGGAACGGUGGUGUGGAACCCGUCUGACACUGAGAGGUGCCUUGCUGUGCUGGCGUCUGUGCUGCGAUCAUUGCCACGUGGCAUCAUCCCAGAGGACAAGCAAGCCAGCCUGGCAGCUGCAGCGUCCAGCUCUUUGGAGGCUCUGGAGUCCUGUGCCUUGUGCGGCCGCCUUCCCUCUGCUGCUGCUCCCUCCCCGCACACCACGCAAUGCGAAAGGAGUUCCUGGUGGCCCGAGCGUGGUCGGAGGCGACUUUUGAGUCGACUCAAAUGUCAUCUUUCCUCUGCUGCUGCUCCCCUCCCCGCACACCAGGCCAUGCGAAAGGAGUUCCUGAUGGCGCGAGCGUGGUCGGAGGCACAGAGGGGAGUGCUCAGAGCGCUAGAUGAGCUGCACAUGGCCGUCACGCGAAUCACGCUCCGCCACGUGGACGAGCCGCCAGCUGCCACGUCAGCAGCUACACGCAUGGCACGUGUGAGUGAGGAGGAGGCGGCGGCGCUGAGCGUGGUGCUGACGCAUGACAGGCUGGCAGCCGAUGCUCAGCUGCAGGCCAGCCGCGCCCAGCUGAGGUACCUGCACGGGCUGGCUUCUGCUCGCCGGCGCGCGGUGCAAGGCGGGGGAGGCGUGGGGACGGAGAUGGGUGGGGAGGAAGGGGAUGGGGGAGGGAGUGGGAAAGGUGGGGGAGGGGAGAGGGGUGGUGGAGAGGAGGGGGAGGAGGAGAGCUGCCCUGUGUGCAGGGAGGCGUUGGGCAGUGAGUUAUCGGUGCUGCCGUGCGGGCAUCUGCUGUGCUGCAAGUGUGAGUGCUCUCCCUCCGUUUCAUCCCUCACCAUGUGUCAUCUCACUGCGCCAUCUCUCAUUGUGUCGCUUCACUGCACAUGUUUACUGGUGGAGAGGUCCCCUCAAGCCACCACCACCACCAUCAGCAGCAGGGAGCGGCGCAUGCGAUGCCCCACAUGCCGCCACGUGGCAAGGGCAUCGGAGAUUGCCUACGUGGACAACCGUAGGGACCACCAUGGGUACCCUGCUGCUGCCCUGCAGACGGAUCAGAGCACAGGUGGUGAGGACUUCAACACAUUUGGAAGCGGUCAGCAAUGUAAUGGUCCCUGCCGUUGUGGUUCAACAAUAUCGUCAGCGUCAGCCGCAGGAGCACUGUCGCAUACCAGCGUGGAGGCACAUAAUUGCUGUUGUCGCACCAACAGCCGUGGUGGUGGGGGCGGUGGAGGGAGGGAGGGGGAGGAGCAGGAGUUGCCAGAUGAAGUGCGGAUGCAGGAGGAGCAGAUGAGCAUUCAUACAGGGUUCGGCACCAAGCUGGACGCGGUAACGCGGCGGGUGUUACGGCUACUGCGCAGCGACCCAUCAGCGCGCGUCAUCAUCUUCAGCGCGUGGAGGGAGGUGCUGCUGCUCGUGCAGCACUGCCUGCACGCCAACGCCGUCCCCACUGCCUCCGCCUUCUCCCACCAGGAAGUGCCUCCAGCAUUGAAGCGCUUCAGAGAGGUCACUCCCGCAGCAGCCCUCUCCGCUCGCCCCACCCGCCCCUCCCAUAAGCCCCGCACCAAGCGCCGCAAACGCUCCCUCGCCUCUCCCCUGCCACCUGCCAUCCCACCGGCCACUGCUGCUACUGCUGCUGCCACAGGCGGGGCAGCGGGGGCAGUGAGCAGUGCGCAAGGGGGGGAGGGCGGCGGGAGGGAAGCAGGAGGGGUCGGGGACGGGGGAGGUGGGGAACAGUGCCGAGUCUUGCUGCUGGUUGUGGCGGUGGGGGGCAACGGGCUGAACGUGGUGGAGGCACAGCACGUGGUGUUUGUGGAGCCGGGGCUCAAUGCGGCCGCUGAGGCGCAGGCUGCCAACCGCGUGCACCGCAUCGGCCAGACCCGCCAGACCUUUGUGCACCGCUUCGUGGUGAGUUAUGUGCACCGCAUCGGCCAGACCCGCCAGACCUUUGUGCACCGCUUCGUGGUGAGUUAUGUGCACUGCAUCGGCCAGACCCGCCAGACCUUUGUGCACCGCUUCGUGGUGAGUUAUGUGCACCGCAUCGGCCAGACCCGCCAGACCUUUGUGCACCGCUUCGUGGUGAGUUAUGUGCACUGCAUCGGCCAGACCCGCCAGACCUUUGUGCACCGCUUCGUGGUGAGUUAUGUGCACCGCAUCGGCCAGACCCGCCAGACCUUUGUGCACCGCUUCGUGGUGAGUUAUGUGCACCGCAUCGGCCAGACCCGCCAGACCUUUGUGCACCGCUUCGUGGUGAGUUAUGUGCACCACAUCGGCCAGACCCGCCAGACCUUUGUGCACCGCUUCGUGGUGAGUUAUGUGCACCGCAUCGGCCAGACCCACCAGACCUUUGUGCACCGCUUCGUGGUGAGUUAUGUGCACCGCAUCGGCCAGACCCGACCCAUCUUCCUUCACCGCUUCAUUGUGCAGGGCAUGGUGGAGCAGCCGAUUCACAAGGUGCAUGGCACGGUGGAGGAGCCCAUUCACGCCCUCGCGCGCUCCAAAGCUGCUGCUGCCCCCCUCUCUGCCGCCCACGCUGCCGCCAACCUGCUGUCCUGCCGGGACCGUGACUCGCUCACCCUUGCUGACGUCACCGCUCUCUUCCCCCAGGCCUGCCUUCCUGGAGAAGGCAGGGAGGCGCAGGAACGGGUGGUGGCGAUGAGGGGUGGAGCAGAGGGGGAUGCAGGCAGGGAGGACCGUGAGAGGCUUGCCCUGGCUACUGCUGCUGCUGCAGAAGCACGGAUGCAAAAACAACCAGAGUGA